ACUCACAGAAGAGCUUUCUCUCUAAACAGCUUCGAAAAUCUCUCAGAGCUUCUUCUUCGCUUUUAGGGUUUUUGCACUUUUGUUCGAGUGACCCAACUUCAAAGCUUAUAGAUCGUUACCUGAGAAAAUGGUGGGUAUGUCGAUGCAGCCAUAUGGUAUCCAAUCGAUGCUUAAAGAAGGUUACAGGCAUCUCUCUGGUCUCGACGAAGCCGUCAUUAAGAACAUUGAAGCUUGCAAGGAGCUCUCCACCAUUACUCGCACCUCUCUCGGUCCCAAUGGAAUGAAUAAAAUGGUUAUCAAUCAUUUGGACAAACUGUUUGUCACUAAUGACGCUGCUACGAUUGUGAAUGAACUGGAGAUUCAACACCCGGCUGCUAAACUUCUGGUUUUAGCUGCUAAGGCUCAGCAAGAAGAAAUCGGAGAUGGAGCUAAUCUGACUAUCUCUUUUGCUGGUGAGCUUCUUCAAAACGCUGAGGAGCUUAUCAGGAUGGGGCUUCAUCCGAGUGAAAUCAUUAGUGGAUAUACUAAAGCUGUCAACAAGGCUGUUGAAAUACUGGAACAACUGGUUGAGAGUGGUUCUGAGACCAUGGAUGUUCGUAACAAGGAUGAAGUUAUUUCUCGGAUGAGAGCAGCUGUUGCAAGCAAGCAGUUUGGGCAAGAGGAAAUAAUAUGCUCUUUAGUUGCUGACGCAUGUAUUCAAGUGUGCCCAAAGAAUCCGACAAACUUCAAUGUGGAUAAUGUCCGUGUUGCCAAGCUUUUGGGAGGAGGCUUGCACAAUUCUUGCAUAGUCCGGGGUAUGGUCUUGAAAAGUGAUGCUGUUGGUAGCAUUAAGCGAAUGGAGAAGGCGAAGGUUGCUGUAUUUGCUGGCGGCGUUGAUACUACCGCAACCGAGACCAAAGGAACUGUCCUCAUUCAUAGUGCUGAGCAGCUAGAGAACUAUGCAAAGACAGAGGAAGCUAAAGUUGAGGAGUUGAUUAAAGCUGUUGCAGAAUCAGGAGCCAAAGUAAUCGUUAGUGGGGGAUCAAUUGGAGAAAUGGCAUUGCAUUUCUGUGAGCGCUACAAGAUAAUGGUAUUGAAAAUCAGCUCAAAGUUUGAACUGAGGCGCUUCUGCCGUACAGCUGGGGCUGUCGCCCAUUUGAAGCUUAGCCGGCCAAGCCCUGAUGAUCUGGGGUAUGUUGAUUCUAUAUCAGUUGAGGAAAUUGGUGGUGUGACAGUCACGAUUGCAAGAAACGAGGAAGGUGGUAACUCCAUCUCUACCGUGGUUUUGCGUGGAAGCACAGAUAGCAUUUUGGACGACCUUGAGAGAGCUGUUGAUGAUGGUGUUAAUACAUACAAGGCCAUGUGCAGAGACAGCCGUAUUGUUCCCGGGGCUGCAGCUACCGAGAUAGAAUUGGCUCAAAGAUUGAAGGAAUAUGCCAAUGCAGAAAUAGGGUUAGACAAAUAUGCCAUCUCCAAAUACGCCGAGAGUUUUGAGUUUGUACCGAAAACCCUUGCAGAUAAUGCUGGCCUCAAUGCCAUGGAAAUCAUAGCCGCUCUGUACACUGGACAUGGAUCUGGAAACACAAAACUAGGCAUUGACUUAGAGGAAGGUGCUUGUAAAGAUGUUUCAGAGACAAAAGUAUGGGAUCUUUUUGCAACCAAGUUAUUUGCUCUUAGAUAUGCUUCAGAUGCUGCAUGCACUGUACUUCGUGUAGACCAGAUUAUAAUGGCGAAACCAGCCGGUGGACCAAGGAGAGAUGCAGCUCAAGCUGCAGGUGCUGGUGCGGAGGAAGACUAAGCCGGAGAACAAUUACCUCGUAGUGAAACUCUCCCUUCUUUUGUAACCUUUUGUUCUUUCAGUUCUGAGAAAAUUUUGGUGUGUCUCAGUUUAAGAUUUGUGAUCUUUGUAUAACACACCACCUACUUAAGUGUUUUGCCUUUUUUUGUUGUUGUCUUGUUUAGUUCUUCCCAACACUGAAAUUUUCCGGUUUAGCUAGUGAAGUUAUUACUAGGACCUUCUCAGUUAAGACUUCGAUCCGGUUAAGUUUAAUUCUGAUUAAAUGUGAAUUUGCCAU